AUGGGUCCGCCCUCGGCGAUCCUCGCGAUGCGACUGUCACAUCCGUUACACGGCAGCCUGUUGCCACCGGGAAUCUGCUACACGUGCGACGUGUGCGGCAAGACUCUCUCCACAAAGCUCACCCUGAAACGGCACAAAGAGCAGCAACACUUUCAGCCCCUGAACAGCGCGGUCUGCGCACUGUGCCACAAGGUGUUCAGAACGCUCAACAGCCUGAACAACCACAAAAGCAUCUAUCAUCUGCUCACCUCUAUGACGGGGCUGUCCUUGAACUCUCUGAACACCCAGUCAGCGAAGAAGUUGUUCACCUGCCAACUGUGCGGCAAGGUACUAUGCAGCAAAGCAUCCCUGAAACGCCACGUUGCCGACAAACACGCCGAGCGACAGGAGGAGUACAGAUGCGUCAUCUGCGAGCGGGUGUACUGCUCGCGUACGGGCAACGGGAUGCAUCCAGCACCGACUACGCCUCCCACUGUCAUGUACCGAAUGCCGCCGCCCACGGCGGGUGGCAUAAACGAGCCUCAGGAAUGUCCGUACUGCCGUCGUACGUUUUCGUGCUACUACUCCCUCAAACGCCACUUCCAGGACAAACACGAGCAAACGGACACGCUCUACGUCUGCGAGUUCUGCAAGCGUACGUACCGUACCAAGAACUCGCUGACGACGCACAAGAGCCUGCAGCACCGCGGCACCAGCGGCGUGCUCAAACGGCUCCUCAAGGCCUCGGCGAUCAAGAACGUUCUCGGUAGCAUGCAUCUACCGGACCACGCUGCCACCAUGCACCACCAUUUGCAGAUGCAGCAGCAACCGCAAUGA